AUGGACAACACUAUUAUUGUGCUGCUGCAGAAGCAAGAGUACGUCCGCACUCAUAAAUGUGCGGUUCGCACAAGAAGAAGGAGUGGGGCUGCAAUCCAGAAUUGUGCGGCCACAGAGAUGGAACCUAUCAAGCCAAGUCUAUUUGUGCGGACUGCACACAUUAUUGUGCGGCCGUACAACCUCCGUAAGGGCAUUUUCACUGGUUCCCAGCUUGCUGCUGCUAUGCUCCUGGGACAGGGUCUGGGACAUGGACCGGCUGAGCAUCCGGUGCAACACUGGAGGGACCCUCCUGAACCUGCUCCUCCUCCUGCUCUGGCUGAGAUGCUGUUGGGUCCCCAAAUAGCAAGUCCAAUGGCAUCUGGUCUGCCAAUAGCUUGUCCACGCAACUGGUGGUGGAAUGAAGUGGUUCAAGGUAAAGUGGAAGCAAAGAAGGCGGCGUACCUGAAUCUAGUUGGGAGAACAUGUGAGGUAGAGAGGAGUGCGAACAGGGAGAGGUAUAAGGUAGCUAGGAAGGAGCAAAACUGGCGGUCACAGAGGCUAAGUCUGAGGCUUUUAGUCAUUUAUACGAGGAAUAAGGCGAGAGAGAGGAAGGCCCAAAAUCAGGACCAAGUGAGGUGCAUCAAAGACGAGGAUGGUAGAGUAUUGAUGGGUGAGGCCCAGAUUAAGCGGAGAUGGAAGACUUACUUUCAUAAACGUUUGAAUGAAAAGCGGGAUUGGGAUAUUGUGCUAGGCGAGUUGGGGCAUUCCGAGAGCCUCCGUGAUUUUAGGUACUGUCGGCGCAUCAAGGUUAGGGAGGUCAUGGGGGCUAUGCGUAAGAUGAGCAGGGGCAGAGCUACAGGGCCCGAUGAGAUUUCGAUCGAAUUUUGGAUGAUGAAGAGGAUACCGGAUGAGUGGAGGCAUACGGUGGUUCUGUUGUACAAGAACAAAGGUGACAUCCAGAGUUGCAACAACUAUAGGGGUAUCAAAUUGAGUCAUACCAUGAAAGUAUGGAAGAGGGUAGUAGAAGCGAGGGUGAGGAGGACGGUGUCUGUAUCAGAUAACCAGUUCGGGUUCAUGCCGGGUCAUUCUACUAUGAAAGCUAUCCACCUUGUUAGGAGGGAGAUUAAGGACAUGUAUGAUAGAGCUAAGACUCGGGUUAGCAUAGUGGGAGGCGACUAUGAGCAUUUUCCGGUUGUUAUGGGGUUACACCAAGGAUCUGCCCUCAGCCCUUUCUUGUUUGCUCUAGUGAUGGAUGCACUGACAGACCAUGUUCAAGGAAAAGUGCCAUGGUGUAUGUUAUUCACUAAUGACAAUGUUUUGGUUGACAAAACGCAGAGUGGCGUGAACGAGAGGCUGGAGGUUUAG